GCCUGGGAGGAGGCUUGACGGACGGCGGGGGUGGUAAGACGGGGACAGCGCCCCCUGCUGCAAGAGGAAGGAGGCUGAGGUGGACGGCCCGCCGGAGGGAAGAGCCGACGCGACGUUCCAUUCCCUAGCCGAGGGAGGCGCUUGGGAACAGCCGGGCCCUGCCAGCCAAGGGAGCCACAGCGGUGCCCCCCCUUGGCCUUGCCAGCCACCUCGCAACGCCAGCCACCAGCGGCAGCGGCCACAGCCGGCCUGCACCCUCAGCCAGGAGCAGCAGCGACACAUCCACCGCAGCCCUGGCUGCAAGAGAGCUUGGACCGAGCAGGCAGGCCGGAGGAGGAGGAGGCGGCGGCGGCGGCUGGAAUGAAACGGAGCCAGGCCCUGGGGAGGCGAUGGAUAGGAAGAGGUGGGAGUGCUCUGCUCUCCCCCAGGGAUGGAAAAGGGAAGAAGUGACCAGGAAAUCGGGGCUCUCCGCUGGCAAGAGCGAUGUCUAUUAUUAUAGCCCGAGCGGGAAGAAAUUCAGGAGCAAGCCGCAGCUGGCCCGCUAUCUGGGAAGCUCCAUGGACUUGAGCAGCUUUGACUUCCGCACGGGGAAGAUGCUCAUGAGCAAGAUGAACAAGAACCGGCAGAGGAUGCGCUACGACUGCUCCAGCCAAGCCAAGGGUAAACCCGAUUUGAACACUGCUCUCCCCGUCCGACAGACAGCUUCGAUCUUCAAGCAGCCGGUCACCAAGAUCACAAACCACCCCAGCAAUAAAGUGAAGACAGAUCCCCAAAAAGCAGUUGACCAACCUCGGCAGCUCUUCUGGGAGAAGAAACUAAGCGGCCUCAAUGCCUUUGACAUUGCAGAGGAACUGGUGAAGACGAUGGAUCUCCCGAAAGGUUUGCAAG